AUGGUAAACACAGUCGUCGAUGAUGCUGGUUAUCCAAUAUACAAACGGAGGAAAAACGGGAGAUUCGUGCAUAAAAAAGGUUUUGAUUGUGAUAACAGCUUUGUAAUUCCGUACAACCGGGAUUUGUCUAUCCGUUAUCGUGCUCAUAUUAAUGUUGAGUGGUGUAAUCAGUCACGUUCAGUGAAAUAUCUUUUCAAGUAUAUUACCAAAGGGCCGGAUUAUAUUAGAGCUAACGUAGGAGAGGAAGACGAUCAAAAUGAAAUCAAUAAAUUCUACAACUGCAGAUAUGUCUCUGCAUGUGAAGCAGCUUGGCGGAUAUUGGCUUUUCCGAUUUGCUAUCGUACUACCCCCGUUGAAAAACUUCUGUUUCAUCUUCCUGGACAGGAAUUAGUAGUUUACAACGAAGAUGCUCCUAUUGCAGAUGUUAUGAAGCGUUCAGCCAGAAGAUCUAAACUGUUGGCCUGGAUGGAAUGCAAUAAAAAAUAUCCGGAAGGUCUAAUGUUAAGUCAGGAUCAGAUAACAAACCUAUGCUUAGCUAAGAUUGAAAUGAUUAUGCGGUCCAAUGGAAGCUCUCUGUCAACUAUUGUGAAUAUGCCUAAACCAGACCAAUCUGUGAUGGAUAAUAAUGAGAAUAGGUUUCUGAUAGAUGAGAGAAACUACAGGCGUGAUGAACAAAGAGAGGAUUUAGAGAGGUUGUUACGUAUGUCAACCGAUGAACAACGAAGUGUCUACCUAGAAAUUAUUGAAGCUGUGAAUUUUAAUAAGGGAGGUAUGUUUUUUGUUCAUGGAUUUGGUGGAACUGGAAAAACAUUCUUGUGGAGUAUUCUUGGUGCUGAUAUUCGAUCUAGGCGUGAUAUUGUUCUUAGUGUUGCAUCGAGUGGUAUAGCUGCUUUACUUAUGAAAGGUGGCAGGACAGCUCAUUCCAGAUUUGGUAUACCCAUCCAUGUGGACGAAUAUACAAUAUGUUCAAUAGAUGGUAAAUCACAUCUUGCCGAGUUAAUUAGCGAAGCAAAGCUCAUUAUAUGGGAUGAGGCUCCAAUGAUGAACAAAUUUUGUUUCAAAACCUUGGAUGGGAGUAUGCGAGAUAUUAUGAAAUGUGAUCGGGUCUUUGGAGGUAAGGUUUUUGUUUUAAGGGGUGAUUUUAGACAAAUUCUACCGGUUGUACCAGAGGCUGGUAGAGUUGGCACAGUGUUAGCUUCUAUAAACUCAUCGUUGCUUUGGGAUAGUUGUAAAAUACUUCGGCUUACACAAAACAUGAGGCUUCGCAAGGCCAAAAAUAGUCAGGAUGCAGAUGCUCUCUCUACGUUUUCAAAAUGGCUACUCGAUAUUGGGGAUGGCAAGAUCAACGAACCUAACAGUGGUGAGGUCGAAAUAGAAAUACCCGGGGAUUUAGUAAUUGCUGCAUGUGACAAUCCUAUACAAGCAAUUGUUAAACAAAUUUACGGUACAUCAUUUGCAACAAGGACCGAUGCAAAAUUCUUUUGCGAAAGAGCUAUUCUUAGUCCAAGAAAUGAUGACGUCGAUAAAAUAAAUCAAUAUAUGCUCUCUCAACUUCCAGGGGAAGAGAGACAUUAUUUGAGUUCAGACAGCAUCGAGACUUCCGAUACAAGUGCUUACGACGAUAUGAUAUACACUCAGGAAUUCUUAAACAGUAUUCACGUUUCUGGAUUACCUAACCAUGUUUUGACGCUGAAAAAGGGAGCACCUAUCAUGUUGCUUAGGAAUAUUAAUCCUAAAGGAGGUUUAUGCAAUGGUACGAGAUUGAUUGUCACUCAAAUGGCUAAUCAUGUUAUUGAAGCAAGGAUUGUAACAGGUAAAAGAAAUGUCAACGAUAAAGUUCUUAUCCCUAGGAUGUUUGUGUCGCCACCGGAUGCAAAGUUUCCCUUUCGUAUGAGGCGUCGUCAGUUUCCCGUUGCUCUUGCAUUUGCGAUCACUAUAAACAAAAGCCAAGGUCAGACGUUGGAACAUGUUGGAUUGUAUCUACCCAAGCCCGUAUUUACACAUGGACAACUAUACGUUGCAUUUUCUAGAGUGACAAGCAGAAAAUGA